AUGGAUAACAUUUAAAUAGAUAAUUUCUAAAUAAACUCAAAGCAAAAGAAUUUUUCUUCAUCUAAUCAAUCAGAUGAUGAAAAUAAUGGGUAAUUAGAAAGCAGUUAAAAAAAAGAAUGUAUUAUAAUAAUAAUAAAUAGCCGAUAAUAAAAAAAAAGAAUAAAAACUUAAAAUUAAAAUGAAAAGAAAACUUAGAAAAAAAAUGACAAAUGAAUAAAAACUAUCAAAUAAACAAAUGUCAAAUAAUCAAGAGCAGAAACUAAAAAAAGAUCGGCUUAGUAAUAUAUUUUCAGAGGUUUCUAAAGAUAAUCAAUUAGAAAUUCCUAAUAAGAAAUAUAAGAUUGAAUAAGAACCCUAAGUUUUAAAUUAAUUUUUAAAUGAAAAUUAAAAGAACGAAACUAUUAUUUUUAAUAAGCAGCCAGAAUAAAUCAUGGUUAAUAAGGUUAAUGAAAUUAAAUAAAAUUAGCUUCCAAAUUUUAUUGAAAACAUCGAAUAAAAUUAAUAUUUAAGCAUAGCUUUGUCAAAAAGUAAUGAGCAUUAACAUUUGCUUUUUUAGAAAUUCUUAAAUUUUCUUGGAAUAACACAAGAGGAAUAUGUUAAUAUCUAAUAAUAUUUACCUGAUGUACCAUCUGAAUAACUUCCAUAAUUCUUGGUAUAAUAAAAGCGAAUAAAUGAGACUUUUUAAAUAUAAAAACAACAAUAAUAGUAAUUAAUUCAUUAAAAUUAAUAAAUAAAUUAAGUUAUUGAUAAUUAUUAAUAGUAACAAAAUGAUUAAUUUUUAAUAAAUGAAUAAGAUUAAUAUGAAUAAUUUUAGAUUUUAUUAAUCUAGAAUUAACAAAAUUAAAAUUAUAAAUUCUUGCAAAAUCAAAUAUAAGAAUAAUAAUAUUAACAAAAAUUUAUUGAAAUUGAAUUUAAGUUUAAUCCUGAAUUAUCAGAUGAGAAUUUAGAAUGUGAUAUUUGUGCUGAGACUUACAUGAAUGGAGAUAAAUUAGCGAUAUUACCUUGUAUCCAUAGAUUUCAUUUAAAUUGCAUUACUAGUUGGAUGUAAAAGUCACCUUAAUGUCCAAUUUGCCAUUAGAGUUGA